AUAUAAAGCUAAAAUCUGUUACAUUUCUUGUGCUCCCCUCUCCUAUUUAUCUCUGGUAAACAACAAGAGAAUUCCGGGACAGAGAGAGACUGAGAUCUUAAUCUCUUUUAUCUCUUUAUUUCCUCUAGAAGGCCUUUUCUUCUCUCUUUGUCAUCUCUCCAAAGGGAGAUUGUGGGAUCAAACAUGGCGCAAGUAGCUGGAGCAGCUGAAGUAGACAAAUCAUUUUUACUUGAUAAGGAAAAUGGGAAACUGAACAAGGAUCCUGUUCAUAAUGAGGCCAUUAAAGUUGUUUCCAGUGCCAAGGAAUCGGAUAAGGGAGACGGGAUAAAUGCAUCGAAUGCCAACAUCCCAACGGAUGCAGUUGAUGAAUGGCCUGCAGCUAAACAGAUUCACUCAUUUUAUUUUGUCAGGUAUCGCCUUUAUGACGAUCCGGUGAUAAAAGCCAAAAUCGAUCAGGCUGAUAAAGAGCUACAAAAGUGGAAUAGAACCAGGUUCAAGAUUACAGAUGAAUUAAAAGCUCAGAGGUUGGAUCGAGCAGAGUUACUUUCUCAAGUGAGAGCCUUGAAUGUUGAUUUUGACCAAUUUAAGGAGAUUUUAGGAGAGAAAAAGAAGGAAAUAGAACCAUUGCAGCAGGCUUUAGGCAAGCUACGCACCAAUAACUAUGCUUUUGGUGGUCUAUUCUCAUCUGAGGAAGAGCUAAAUGGUGUUAUCCAUUGCUUGCAAUAUCGCAUUCAGCAUGAAAGCAUCCCAUUGGCUGAGGAGAAGCAACUUCUUAGAGAAAUCAAACGACUAGAGGGAACCAGGGAAACGGUCCUCGCUAAUGCGGCAAUGAGAACAAAGAUUCAGGAUUCGAUGGGUCAGAAAGAAGCCAUUCAGGAUCAGGUUAAACUUAUGGGAGUGGAUUUGAAUCGAGUAAGGAAGGAGCAGCAUGCAGUCCAGUCCAAGAAGAAGCUGAUUAAAGAUAAAUUGAAUGCAAUAGAGAAGAGAAUCAACAUUUUACAGGAGGAGCUGAAAGAUGUGACCGAGAAGAGGGACAAAGCUUAUGAAACCAUUCAGGAACUGAGGAAACAACGCGAUGAAGAGAAUAUGUACUUUUUCCAGAGCCGUUCACUCUUAAACAAGGCCAAAAUCGUUGCUGCCAAGAAAGAUAUGAAGGCACUUGAGGAGCUUGCAGCUGUUGAGGCUGAGAAGUUUAUGGCUCUCUGGAAUGGUGACAAAGCCUUCAGGGAUGAUUAUGAGAAACGAAUUCUGACAUCCUUGGACAGUCGGCAAUUGAGCCGAGAUGGCCGGAUAAGGAAUCCUGAUGAGAAACCACUGGUUGCAGCAGAGGUACCGGUACCUACGCAAACUGAAACAAUUCUGAGACCUAGUUCGAGACAACCAAAGGAAGAAGCCAAGUCCGCUCCUCAACCAGGUACUAAAAAAAAGGUCCAGAAAGAAGCUGAGACCAAAGUAAUGGAGUCAAAAUCCUCUCCAGAGAAUGUCGUAGCAGAGAAGGAGAUCUCUGGAUCGGGCAAGUCGGAGGACACAUCCGCAAGCACCAAAACUGAUGCUGAAAAACUGAAAGAGAAGAAGAGAGAAGAGGAAAUUUCAAAAGCAAAACAAGCUUUAGAAAGGAAGAAGAAGAUGGCUGAAAAAGCAGCUGCCAAAACAGCUAUAAGAGCUCAAAAGGAGGCUGAAAAGAAGCUCAAGGAGCGUGAGAAGAAAGCAAGGAAGAAGGCAGCAGCAGCAUCUUCAAGUGCUGUCAAUCCCGAGGAACCAACUGAACCUGAGGCUGAGGCUGAGACUGAGGCUUCAGAAUCUGAGAAGGUCGGUGUUAAUGCUGAUGCACCUGUUCCUGCUCCUGUUUCAGUGAAGGACAAGGCGAAAAAGGAGAAUACAGUUCGGUACAGAAAUCGAACUAAAGGACCCGAGGCACUUCCAAGAGCCAUCCUGAGACGCAAGAAGUCGACCAACUACUGGACGUGGGCAGCUCCUGCUGCGCUGGCUGUGCUGAUACUUCUGGCAUUGAAUUACUACUAUUAUCUUGUCUGAAGAAGUAAACUUGAAUGAAACCAAGAGUUUUUUAUUGACAUUGCUAGUAGCUAGGUCCAUAGCGGCAAAAGGUAGUUAAUUCUGUUCUUUGCAUCCAUGAAGGAUGCUCUAAGAAAACUCAUAAUGUUGCUGGUAGUUCAGUUUGAAUGCUUUCUGAAGCCAAAACUUAGUAAUUCUGGUUUAAUUGGUUGUAUUUUUUAAAUUGUCUUCCAUUAAUUUGAGAAUGUCAUCAGAAUCCUU